AUGCCUCCACGCGGCUUCACUAACCCGGCACCAAAGACCGAAUCCGCUCGCACCGCGCUGAAUGCCUUUACCUGCACGCUUUGCAACAAGUCAUACUCGCGACACCCCGAGUACGAAGCACACAUCGGCUCCUACGACCACCAGCACAAGAAACGGCUGCGGGACCUAAAGCAGCUCUCUCGAGACCCAAACGCUGCCGAAAAGGCAAGAAAGGCUGAGCGAAAGGCCAAUGAAGAAGCUGGGCUUAUCGUUGUUGACUCUAGUGGGGAUAGGAGCAGUGCUGCAGGUACUGGCAGCAGCUCUACCGGUGGGUUCAAGAAAGGUGGAUUCAAAAGCUCGUUCUCUGUGGUAGCUGGUGGAGGAUCAGGGAGCUCGAGCACAGUUACAUUUGCAGGGGCAGCCCGGCGGAAGAAGAACGUAUUGGGAGAUGAGGACGAGGACGAGGAUGCCACUCAAGGGGAGAAUGUUUCGAAUAAGACUUCCGGGCCUAAAGCCAAUGUUGGCAAAGAUGGAGGACAUCUACAAGUCAAUGAAGAGGUAGAAAGUGACACUGAUGAAGAGUAUGGCAACGAUGAUAUUCAAUCUGGUGGCGGCUACUAUGACCCCCGACGGCCGACGGGCUGCUUCCACGAAUGCCCCGGGGCAAAGGUCUCUGUGUCUUGA